CUCACCCACUCUCACUUCCAUCGCAUAUCCACCUUCCGGCCCGGUGCCUUCCCCCCUUUCGUACUCUCUUUCAUAUUCACCAUGCGCUUCUCUACCAUCCUCGUCGCCGUCGCCUCCGUCGCGACCUCCGCAUUCGCCGCAUCCUCCGGGACCGGUGAUGCUACCUUCUAUGAGGCCGGUCUCGGCGCGUGCGGUAUCUCUAACACCGACGCCGACUUCAUCGUCGCCAUCGAUGCCCAGACCUUCGACACCUUCCCCGGUGCUGGUGCCAACCCCAACGCGAACCCGAUCUGCCACAAGCAGCUCACCGCGACCGGCCCCGACGGCAAGACCGUGACCGUGCUCGUGACGGACCGCUGCGCCGGCUGCGCGCCCGGCAGCAUCGACCUCACGCCUACUGCGUUCCAGCAGCUCGCGUCGCUCGACGUCGGCCGCCUCCACGGCGUCACCUGGACGCUCGCCGCGUAAGCGCGCGCCAGGUGGACGGGAGUUUCCAGAGGAUUUGCUCAUGAUGUUUAUGACCGCCCGUGAUGAUGUACGACUUAGGCUACUGUUUAAUGGAUUGUGGUGGAAGUGAAAGCUCA